AGUUUUUAUUUGUAUAUAUACACAACAGAGCUACGAUUGUGCGCAUGUAUAGAGAGUCGCGGCGAUUCUCCUACGACAGCUGAUUCACUCGAUUGUUUACCGGAACAAAGAUGACCGAUUGUUUGCAAUAACAGUUGCACGAUACUUUACUGAUCGCGUGAAGAUCACGUUGGAGAUUCUACUUAAAUAUGGGAUGCUGCUACAGUUUCUGUAAAGAGGACAACGGUCCGCAGAGUGGAGAAGCGAAUGAAAGAACGCAUCUAUUAGUAGAUCCUGUCAGUAAUAAUACAAACAUACCAAGAGUACAUAGCGAUGAUUAUGUUAAUCAAUAUGCAAGCUCCGUGCCUAAGAAGACAGAUGAACAGAGUGCAUUAAAUAGAAUUUUACACGAAACUGCGGCCAAUGUCAUAGAUGUGGGUGCAUUAGAUACACAUAAUCUAGAACAACACGAAUAUAUGGAUAGAUCUCGUGCAUAUUCGAGAAGAAUAGAAUCUGGUAGGAUUAAACUUCCUGAAACUUCGUCUUGCCUACUUAAGGAUAUACCUGCCCCGGAACGAAUAUUAGCAGCUGAUCCACUCGCUGUUGAAGAUCAAGAAUUGAUUACAGAGAUGCUCAUCAAAGCUGUGACAGCAUUAAGCGAUGUAAAAGUUGAACACAAGGAAGAUUUAGUUGUCCCGUUUCUAUCGUGAUCGUCAAGUGUUUCCCCGGCUAAUUUAUAAUCUCAUCCCAUUUAAUUGGAAUUUUGACAUCAUUAUUCGGCACUGAAAGAGCAUAUAUUUGUCUGAAAUAAAUCGACCUAAGCUCGAAUUACAUUUCUAGCUUAUGCUAAAAGAAAAACAAAGGAUUGAUUUUAAAAUAGGUAAGAUGUAUUAUAAAAGAUGUUAACUAUUAUUAUUGUUUGAUUGCUGCAUAAUGGCUUCAUAAUUAUUAUCAAGUAGAUAUGUACUUUUCUCUUUUACUCUUGAAGUUUAAAGAUAAGAUGUGCAUGAAUUUUUGCGCACAUUUUAUGUAAAAUUUUUAUUGUAAAAAAAUUUGUUAUACUGUAAUAUUCUUUAUCGAUAUAUAUACAUAUACUCACAUAUACGAACUUAAAAAAUGCUAUUUUGUCAUUGUUCAAUAAAUCUAAUCAAAUCCUAUAUAAGAGUA